ACAACAACAUCAAACGUCCAUCAAAAAUAAUAACAACAACAAGAGCAAGAAGAAGAAGAAGUCGACGAAAUAGAAGCAAAGAUAAAGAAUUUGUUUUUGCGCUGUCCAGUGAAAUACGAGAGCCCGCGCUAAGAAGAAGCAGCGAAGUGUAGACCGGGAGAGAGAGAGAGUGCAGCACGGCGCAGAACAACAGUAAACAACGGCAACAAAAAUGUCGGCGACAAUUGUACAAAAAUCAACUGGAACUGCAAAUAUCGUUGGCAAUACACACUAUUUCGAAUGCGAUGACAUAUUCCAAUCGGUUGUCAGUGAUAUGCAGCAGCAGCAGCAGCAGCAGCAGCAGCAGCAGCAGCAGCAACCGGAUCACAUCCUGGACGCCAGCAUGGAGCAGCACCUAAGCGAUAAGGAUCAUCUUCAGCAGCAGCAGCAGCAGCAGCAGCUGUUGCAUCAGCAGCAUCAUCGCUUGCAUGGACCGUUAACGCGCACCAUCUCACAGCCGGCUCAGCGGCUGAGCCAAUUGACACAACAGCAACAACAACAGCAGCAGCAGCAGCAACAGCAGCAGCAGCCGCAAGUUGCAUCGCUGGUGACCAUCAUUGAGAAUCUGAGCAACAUAACGCUGCACCGCAAGUUGGAGCGCACGCAGUCGGAGCCGCUGCCGCCGCAGCAGCCAAUGAACACAUCGCGCUACAAGACGGAAUUGUGUCGCCCAUAUGAGGAGGCCGGCGAAUGCAAAUACGGCGAAAAGUGUCAAUUCGCCCACGGCUAUCACGAGUUGCGCAACUUGCAGCGUCAUCCCAAGUACAAGACCGAAUAUUGUCGCACCUUUCACAGCGUCGGCUUCUGUCCCUACGGACCGCGCUGCCACUUUGUGCACAAUGCGGACGAGGCGCGUGCGCAGCAGCAGCAACAACAACAACAACAACAACAACAGCAGGCGGCCAAAACGUUCCAGAAGCCCGCGCAGCUGAUCAGCAACAACAACAACAACAACAGUAACAACAACAACAACACAAGCAUCAGCCAAUACUUUUUGCCGCUAAGCCCGCCGCUGAGCAUGAGCACCGGAUCGGAUCGCGAAUCGCCGACCGGCUCCCUUUCGCUGUCGCCGACAAAUUCGCUGACAAAUUUUUCAUUCCAUGAGGCGGCCGCCUAUUUGAGUAUGCCCAACAAUUGUAACGGUACGGUGAAUGGGCAUGCCACCGCCUCCGUGUCCGCAUCCGCAUCCGCAUCCGCAUCCGGCUCCUGUUCGGCAUCGUCGGCAUCGUCGACGUCAUCGGCGUGCGGUUUGGCGCCGGCCACGCCUCCGGAUAGCCCAAAUGCGCCCAUAUCGCCGGUGCAUACGCCGCCGCCGCCGCCGUCAGCGCAGUACGAGAAUUGCAACAACAACAACAACAACAACAACAACAACAACAAGCAGCUGCUGCAAAAGAGCAUCAGCUCGCCGUUGCAACAACAGCAGCACGAGGAGGCGCCACGGCUGCCAGUUUUUAAUCGUUUGAGCUCAUCGACGGCCGCCACAAUUUUAAUGCAAAAAUCUCAGACAAUUAAUCGAUAUCCGAUCAUUCCGCACGAGAAUUUCAUGUAAAUGGCCGGCGUUUCGUUUUGUGGUGAAUACGAAACUCACCACACGCCGUUAAUAGCAGCCAGCCCCCACUCUCCACUCUCCAUUCCUUCCCCUCUCUCUACAGCCAGCUAUUCACAAACACAAACACACACACACACACUCUCUAUCUCUCUCUCUCUCUCUCACUCUCUCAUUUACUCACUGACUCAAGCAAGAUCUUAUUUAUGUAUAUGUAUAUAUAUGU